UCCAAGCUGGGAGACCAGCCUUCUCUUGCAGCCUUGGUGAGCCGGAUCAUCGCCAUGGCAGAUGUCAACCGGGAUGGGAAAGUGUCUUUAGCCGAGGCCAAAUCCAUCUGGGCGCUACUUCAGCUCAAUGAGUUUCUUCUCAUGCUCUCCUUACAUGAGAAAGAGCACACUUCCAAACUGCUGGGGCACUGUGGGGACCUCUACGUCACCGAGAAGAUCCCCCACACCUCCCUCUACGGAGUGGAUGUCCCCCCCUUCCUCCAGUCACUGCUGCCUUCAGUCGUCCACCAAAUCAUCCACCAGUGGUUUGCACCAGCGUGGCCCCGGCGGGCAAAGAUCGCCAUCGGCCUUCUGGAGUUCGUGGAGGAGAUAUUCCACGGGACCUACGGGAACUUCUACAUCUGCGAGACCAGCUUUAAGAACGUGGGCUACAACGACAAAUACGACUUCAAAAUGGUCAACCUGAGGAAGGUGGCAACGGAGAUGACAAUCAGAGGUUUCCUCAAGGGACGUCACUGUGAGCAGAACGUGGACUGCACCUACGGGAAGGACUGUAUGGCGACGUGUGACAAACUCAUGAAGCAAUGCAAAAGCGACAUGGUGCAGCCCAACCUGGCGAAGGUCUGCGGGUUGCUGCAGGACUACUUGCUGUACGGAGCACCGCUGGAGCUGAAGGAAGAGCUGCAGAAACAGCUCCGAACUUGCAUGACGCUCAGCGGCCUGGCCAGCCAGAUGGAAGUGCACCACUCCCUCGUCCUGAACAACCUCAAGACCUUGCUCUGGAAGAAGAUUUCGAACACCAAAUAUUCCUAACGGGGGAAGCAUGGUCCUGGAGUUUAGAAUCUGCAAUCCCGGAGUAAAGUCCAAGGGCUGAAGGCCUCUUUCUCCAUCCUCUCCCCCACAGGAAAACUACACCCUGCACAGGGAGUUCAGCAUAGCUGCAGCCCCUUCUUCUUCAUGGACCACCAAGCGUCAUGACUUCCACCGCCCAGCAGGAUCAUCGAUACGGUCGGCAGGAGCGUGCUGCGGAGCUGGGACACCGGGAGCCGGGCUGAACAGGCUUGGGGGAAGAAGAUGCCAUGGAAAGCGAUAAGGAAGCGGAGCCCAGCUGGAUGCAUCUAACUGUUUCUCGAUUAACAGGAAAGCAGUGCGGAGAGAUGAGAAUGAAUCAUUCAUGCUGUACUUGUCACAUCUUCUUUUGAUGAACAUCUCUGAUGUAAAUAAAUA